AUGACAGAACCAAUGUCUAAGAAACAUGGUUUUAAGAAGUGUCGGAGUGCCACUUUCAGUAUUGAUGGCUUCAGCUUCACUAUCGUUGCCAAUGAGACAGGAGAAAGCAACCGCUGUCCACUGGCCCGCUUAGCACGCUCAUGGUCCCAGAAUGCACUAUGCACCACUGUCCCAGCCAGAGUUGGCAUCGCUGUCCAGGAAGGAAUUCUGAUUGGCCAACGCAGCGAUGAGGAGAUCCUGGCUGAUGAGCUGCCAAUCCUAGAUGCACCUGAUGCCAUGGAGAAAACUGCUAUCAGGUUGCGAUGUCUUGUAAAGCAACUAGAGAGGGGGGAGGCAUCUGUUGUGGACCUGAAGAAAAACCUGGAGUAUGCCGCCUCAGUCCUUGAAUAUCUAUACGCUGAGGAAACCAGGCGACUGGGGGAUCCAGAGGAUGAGCUGAGGGACAUCCAGUCAGACUCUGUGCCAUCAGAGGUUCGUGACUGGCUGGCUUCCACUUUUACCCAGCAGAAAGGCCUGAUGCUGCACCACAACGAAGACAAGCCACGCUUCCGCAGCAUCGUCCAUGCAGUGCAGGCUGGCAUCUUUGUGGAAAGGAUGUACAGACGAACCUCCAACAUGGCCGGCUUGAGUUAUCCCCCAGAUGUUAUCACUGUGCUCAAGAAUGUAGACAUGUGGUCCUUUGAUGUGUUUGUGCUGAAUGAUGCGAGUGGGGAUCAUGCUCUGAAGUUUGUCUUCUAUGAACUACUAACCAGAUACGACUUGAUCAAUCGAUUCAAGGUCCCUAUUUCUGCUCUCAUAUCAUUUUUGGACUCGCUGGAGGUGGGCUACAGCAAAUACAAGAACCCCUAUCACAACCUGAUGCAUGCUGCUGAUGUCACACAGACUGUCCAUUACCUGCUCCUCAAGACUGGCAUGGUGCACUGGCUAACUGAGUUAGAGAUCUUUGCCAUAAUCUUUGCAGCUGCCAUCCAUGACUAUGAACACACAGGGACUACCAAUAACUUCCAUAUUCAAACCAGGUCAGACACAGCCAUGUUGUACAAUGACCGAGCUGUCCUGGAAAACCACCAUGUCAGCGCUGCCUAUCGUCUUCUACAGGAUGACAAUGAAAUGAACAUCCUCUCUAAUCUUUCCAAAGAUGACUGGAGAGAACUGCGGACUCUGGUAGUGGAGGUGGUGCUGGCCACUGACAUGUCUUGCCAUUUCCAGCAGAUCAAAGCCAUGAAAAGCCUUUUACAGCAGCCUGAGGCAAUUGACAAACCAAAGGCCUUGUCCCUGUUGCUGCAUACUGCUGACAUCAGCCACCCUGCCAAACACUGGGAACUUCAUCACCACUGGACCACAUCCCUGCUGGAGGAGUUCUUCAGACAGGGCGAUAAAGAAGCAGAGCUGGGUCUUCCUUUCUCCCCUCUCUGUGACCGUAAAUCCACCAUGGUGGCCCAGUCCCAAAUCGGAUUCAUUGACUUCAUUGUGGAGCCAACCUUUACCGUGUUGACGGAAAUGAUUGAGAAGAUUGUGACACCGCUUAUUGAGGAAGCAUCUCACUCUGGAUUGGCCAGCUUCAGGCGCUCCAGUGUCCACAGUGUUAGUGGCAGCGAUGGAAAGCAUUCCAGUGUGAAGAGUACAGGCUCAGAGGGCAGCUGCUUGCUGACUACAUUGGACUUCAAGAGUUUCAAGGCCACAUGGAACCAAGAGAUUCAUCACAACAGGGAGUUAUGGAAGGCCCAGGCAGCCAAAGGUGAAUGCUGA